UCCGAACUUCAAUACACGGUGGCUGAUGGAAGGGGAUAAAACUGGUUAAAAUUCCUCCAAAAAGACGCUCGAUCUAUCCAUUAAAUCCACAGGUGUUUAAUUUUGGGUCUAGGAUCUCUUUGAGAGGUCCCAGACAGAAUGGCCCUCCCAGAGAAAUACAAACAAGUAGCACUCGCGGCUUCUAGUAUGGUGGCUACUAACCAACGUUUGAGAGCUUCUGGAGGGGGUGGAGGAGGAUCUGGAGGAAAUAAAGAUUCGGGGAGUCCAUUCAUCCAAACUCCCCACGGUCACCCAGGAUUCACUCCUCAAAAAGUUGGAAAAAAUGCUGCGGCGGAUCCUCGACUCCCGAAGCCCCCGAAGCCCCCAGAAAAGCCCCUGAUGCCGUACAUGAGGUACAGUAGAAAAGUAUGGGACCAGGUGAAGGCCCAGAAUCCAGAGUUAAAGCUCUGGGAGAUUGGAAAAAUUAUUGGUCAAAUGUGGCGGGAUCUGCCUGAGGACGAGAAAACUGACUUCAUCGAGGAAUACGAGACGGAAAAAGUGGAGUAUGAGAAGUCCUUGAAGACUUACCACAAUUCUCCAGCAUAUCUAGCCUACAUAGCUGCUAAAAAUCGUGGAAAAUCUGCAAUCUGCGUGACAAAUCAGAGCUCAGACGAUCGUGAGAGUCACGAUCGUUCCUCAGGUGGCAACAAGAAUCAGGCAGGCCAGGACAGACGAAUAGAGAUACUUCCAGCUGAGGAUGAUGACGACCAGGAUGACGUAUACUCCGUCAAACAAGUGGCCUACUCAAGAUACACAAGAAAUCACAGAUUGAUAAACGAAAUAUUCAGUGACACUGUUGUCCCAGAUGUUCGUUCAGUGGUUACAACUCACAGGAUGCAGGUGCUCAGGCGACAGGUUCAAUCCCUCACAAUGCACCAGAAGAAAUUGGAGGCUGAGCUGCAGCAAAUUGAGGAGAAAUUUGAGGCCAAGAAGAGAAAAUUCAUCGAGACGAGUGAGAUAUUUCAGGAGGAGCUAAAAAAACAUUGCAAGCCAGCAGUUGAUGAGGACACAUUCAACAAAAUGGUGGAGCGCCAGUACGAAUUGCUGCGUCGUGAGAGGAUCAAAGGUACUGAAGAAAAUCGACCAGAAGCUGGAUCCAACGAGUCCACGCCAACAUCAACACCAACUCCAGCAUCAGUCAACGAAGAGCCAACACCGAUGGAGAUAUCGGAGAGCACUGAGCCUGAUAAAAAAACACCAGAGCCUGAGAAGAUUGACCCGAAAAAGGACAGCCCAUCGCCACCCUACGUCGAAAGUAAAUCAGAUUCGCCAACUCAGGGUACAAUCCAAGGAGCUCCAAUGCCCAUAGCUGCUAGCAAUAAAGCAAACGAUGGAAAUACAAGUCCAGUGACAACAGCUUCCCCUACACCUGUCAUAAAUACAGCACCAACAGUGAGCCCAAGUGUUACAACACCGAGUUCCCAAAGUGACAAUGGAAAUGCUUUGAAUACAACUACAACUUCUACAGCCCCUGAGAGCAGUACCAGCAGUGCAGCACCAAUUAAUCCAAAUGGAAACAAUUCUGGGCCGAUAUACUCAACAGCAGUGAGUCCAAUUCAUCAUCAGCUGUCACCCCAAUCCCAUCCAGUACCCCAGAUGCCCCAGCACCAGGGACAACAUCAACCUCCACCCCACAGUGUUGCCAACCCCCAUCAGAUGCAACCAGCAAAUCAACCCCAUCAUCCUCCACCACCUCAUCCCACAUCCCAGGGAACUCAGCACCAAGGGCCACAUCCAGUCCCCCCAAAUCAACACCAACACUCUCAUCAUCUACCCCAUCAGAGCCAGCCCCAUCCCACUGGCAAUCAGCAUCAGCAGAUACCCCAGGCUCCACCACCAUCACAAUCCCCAUCGCCACACUCUCAGGGUCCACCAACACCCCAGUAUCCACCACCAGUUAAUCCACCCACAACUCCACCCACAUCAUCACCAGCUCCAAUACCCCACAAUCCUCAUCCCUCGUCGUCACCUCAUCCUCAGGCACCUAAUAAUCCACCAUCAACACCACCAUCGUCAUCACCAGUUCCAUCGAUACCCCACAAUCAACCUCAUCCACCAGCUGGAAUAAUGUCCAAUCAUCUGGCACCACAUCAGCCACCCCAGGGUCCACCAGUGAUGCAGGCACAGGGACCUGGACCUAUGAUACCACCAGGACAGGGAUAUUCACAGCAAUAUCCACCAGGAAAUCAACCACAAGCCCAAAAUGUACCUCUGGCACCGAGACCACCUCAUCCAUCUUAUGGAUAUGGACAGCAACAGCCAUAUCAUCAGCCCUAUCCUCAGUACUCGCAUCCCUAUUAUCAUCAACCCUAUGCCCAAUAUCCACCUCAUGGCAUGGGACGACCUCAUCAUGGACCUCACAGCCCUCAUUCACCCUAUCAUCCACAGUCCCCUCAUUCUGUGGGCGAAGGAAAUCCACCGAAUCCACCCAAUACCGAGGGCGGACCUAAUUAUCCACCUGGACCUGUCCAUGAGCCCGAAAGGGCACAGCCACAGGAAGGACAGGGCGAAGGACAAGGAGAGGCCAAACCUGGAGGACAUUGACUUUUUCUUGGGAAUUCAUUUUUUUUUUUCUUUUGGGUAUUUUUUAGUUGUAGGGGUGCGUGGAACGAGCUGCGCUGGAAUUCUUCGGAGGGAAACGAAUUGGAUGGAGAUUUCUGGAAAACUCGAUUCCCGUUGCGUUUUAGAGAGUUCAAGGUGAGGGAAUGGUGGUUAUUGACAAUGUUAUACUAUUGUGAUUCUAUUCCAUUCUAUUUCCCAUCGUCCAGUUCCAACUUUUUUCAAAAACCUCAAUGAUGGAGUUCUCUUUAUUAUGAGAAAUAAAAACUGCAAUUGAUAAUUAA